AUGGCUUCGAGGGAACUCAUUACAGCAGUACGGUAUCAUUGUGAUACUGCGGCACACAAAUUACACAUUAAUUCACGCUCAGCCACGUUGCAUAAAAAUUAUUCCAAUUUCAAUACGAGUUGGUUGUAUUUUCAUAGCUCAACAAUGUCGUUCUACGAUCAAGCGGGCUCAAGUGCUCCGGGUAUAGAUCAUCGCAGAAAAUGGGAUCAGGAAGAAUUUGAGAAAAGAGCAUUAGAUCGUGUAAAAGCUGAAAAACUAGAGGAAGCAGUUAGAAAUGGCACUAAACCGAAAAUUGAGCCGAAAGUGAAAAGAGAAAUGCUGAAGGCUAGAGAUUAUAAGGUUGACCUUGAGUCAAAAUUGGGACGAUCAGUUGUCAUCAACAAGACAACUCCAGCUGCUGAGACUGGAGGAUACUAUUGUGAUGUUUGCGACUGCGUUGUUAAAGAUUCGAUCAACUUUUUGGAUCAUAUUAACGGCAAAAAUCAUCAGAGGAACAUGGGGAUGUCAAUGAAGGUCAAAAGAAGUACUCUAGAUGAAGUGAAGGAGCGCUUCAAGUUGAAAAUGGCAGAGAAGGAGUUGGAAAAGAAGCAUAAGAACAUGGAAGAAAUCCUUAGCGAUGUCCACGAAGAAGAAGUGAGGAUGAACGAUUACAAAAAGGAAAAGAAAGCUGAGCAACGGAAACGGAAGCUUAUCGAAGCGGCUCCAGAGGAGGAUGAAGUUGACACCGAACUCAAGGCCAUGAUGGGUUUUGGAGGAUUCAGUUCUAAGAAGAAAUGA